AUGGGAAUACUACAGCUACUAUACGUUGCAUUGAUAGCAACGGAAGCAAUAGCCUCACAUGCUCAUUCACAGGCAAUAUUUAACAUUCGAGAAUUUGAGUCAUUCAUACCCAAACCCAUGGCCGAGGAUUUGAAAAGAGGAAUCUCGAAGAGUCGAUGGUCGGCAGAUCCACGCAACCAUUUUCAAGGUUAUUUUGUCAAACAAGGAAAUAAGACGAGCGAAUAUAUAUGCUCGAUUCCCCGAGCCCAAAUCGACACUAUUGAGGAAAAAGAAUCCAUUCAAUCAAACACGCAAGUGGAUAAGACAAAUGACGCCAAACUUCUCAAAGCGGCAAGCGAGAUUAUAAGAGACUCAUUUCCAAAAAACAACUGCAUUUUCACUUACGAUCUCCGUGGCUUCUAUUGGACCUAUGGAUAUUGUUACGCAGAUAAGGUGAUACAAUACCACGAGGGUGUACCCCCCCACGAAAGACACAAACGACACGAGGCUACCAAUCCAAAGACGGUUUACGUACUUGGAAGAUUCACUGAUGCAUCUUACAAAGCAGUCAAAAUCGCGAACCAAGCAAAGCAAAGACAGAUAGGUCAGUACGAAACUCGUCGAAUGAAGACACUUUCGCUUGGGGAGGACAAAGCAUCCCCAUUCAGCCACCACUCCGCUCAGAAAAUUGUGCUGGAGGUUAUUGACUCUGGGUCAAUAUGCGAGAUCACUUUAGAGCCAAGAUCAGUGGAAGUAAUUUAUAAAUGUGAUCCAGAUGCCCAUAGCUUUGGCCAGCCGCAAAUAAUUGAUGUUCCAGAGGUAACGACCUGCCAAUACAAGAUGAUUAUACAUGUACCGGGUCUUUGUGCUUUGGAACAAUUUGCCCCACACAGGAAGAUAAAGGAGUCUCUGGUAGAGAUGGCAUGCCAACUAGUUGACGAUGAAAUUUCCAGUGAGAUCGAAGAGCAACGUUUCGAAGAAUAUAUCUCGAACGUAAGACUACGGGAUGAUGGCAACUUUCCUGUGAGAGGUGACAAUAGAAUAUCAGUCGAAGAUCACACCUUGCUGCCGUUGGGAUUCGGAUUUUAUCUCGCUAAAGCAAUCUCAGGAUACAGAUCGACGAGUGCUUAUUACAACAAUCGAAAUGUGAUAAUAUACAAUGGAUUUUCUGAGGAGUUGGAAGAUAUCGGUAAUCAAGUUGGAAGAGCGAUUUACAACGCAAUUGGAAAAAAGUUAUUAGCACCUUACUUUGAAAAGGAUGAGCAAAAAAGGCUUGAGUGGAAAGACACUUUCACAAUCUGGCUAGAGUUGUAUGACUUUUUUGGCAAUUUUAAGUGUCUUCUUAGGAUCUCAAGAGACGGGAGAGAGCAGGCAAAAAGUAUACAAUUACAGGUGAUUGAUCCAGUGACCAUGGUAGAUAUCGAGGGAGACCCGCCGAUGAACAUGGCCAUCGAUCUGACUGAAUUCGAAGCGCCUCACAAUUUGUGGAACUAUCAGUAUUUUAGAAGAGGUGAUGUCAUUAUGGGACCACCAGAGCUACCUAAACAACAUCAAGAGGUCACAACCACCACCGAAACGGAAAAAGUGAUUGUAACUGUCACGCUUUCUGCUUCUGACGUGGAGUCAGAGCCAGAAGAGGAUAUCCAUUUUGAAGAUCUUUCAGGGGAUCAAAGUCCUCAAGGUGAAUACAUUAAUGAAGAGAAUAUCAAAGAGGUACGGGGAGACCCGGAGGGAGGACCUGUUGAAGUUGUCAUUGAAGAAGACGGAAUCGAGCAUACGUACGAGGUUAAUAUGCGUGAAUAA